AUGGCAACAAAUAUUCUAAAAUUAAAAAGUGGACGUAAAAUUUAUUAUUCAACAAAAGAAUCUAUAGAAAAUAAAUUAAUUUCAAACAAAAUAAAAUUAAAUAAUUUAACAGAUUUGGAAAAUAAAGUUUAUGAAGGAGGACUUAAAAUUUGGGAAUGUUCUUUAGAUUUAAGUUAUUUUAUUGAUUCAAUGUCUUUUGAAGGAUUUAAUGUUCUUGAGCUUGGUUGUGGUGCUGGAUUGCCUUCGAUUGUUGCUGCUUUAAAUGGGGCAGCGUCUUUGACAUUACAAGAUUUUGUGUGAAUUUUAAAAUAUUUUUUU